GCGAAACGUCGCGCUUUCGCUAGAAGAAUUUAUAAAACUCAAUCGAUAUUUCGCCCGCACAGUUCGAAUCUUCCCCUUUCAUCGGUGCAUCCAUCCCUUCGUAGUCCGGCCCUGUGCCACCCCCUCCAGACAUCCCGCCGCCAGCCGGAGUCUGCGUCCUAACCCCUCAUUAUUUGGCAGUCUGGAAUCACCCUCCGCCUGAACUCAGUGGUGUUUGAGCCUCGAAACAAUUCGGUCAGCUCAAAAGUGCCCAAAUGCAUUAGAACUCUGGUACGAUGCUUCGUACCAGAGGGGAUCCGGAGGAUACUGCUGACCUCCAGAAAUGAGAGUGUUUGCGCUGAUUAUAAUGCUACUGUUCUACUCCCCUUUCGUUCCCCUUGGACAGCGCUUGGCACCCCCCAGGAACAGUCAAAGCACCGACGACGAUGACGACGAGGAGAUGAGACAAGCACUUAUCAAAAAUGAUGAGGAAAACGACGUCAACGCAACAGCUCUUCCACUAGAACAAGGGAUGUUCUUGGGGGCGGCCUGCGUCGACUCCUGUAGCCCCAAGCUCCUCCAUGUUCAAUGCAACCCUGAUUCUGGUCUUUGCGAGUGCGAGAAAAGCUACCCCGUCAAGCUUGAUCCUUAUACAGGUUGUGCAAAACCAAAAAGACUUGGUGAUCAGUGCUAUUACAGAGAAACUUGCAAGCAUAGUGACCAACAUUCAGCUUGCGUCCAAGUCGACCACAACGCCGUCUGCCAAUGCGAAGGCGGCUACCAUCUGGUGUCGGUGCAGAAACCGUCUAAGAGGGUGUUCUGUGCAGAGGAUCUCGAUUUAAUGACGACCAAUGACUUUGCGACGUUCGCCGGAGUUCUGUCAGGGAUUGCGCUCUUGUCUGGGCUUCUGUGCUUCGUGCUGCGCCUAUUUAAUCAAAAUUUGUAUGGUACUAGACGUCACCGCUUUGGUAAUGCUAAUUUGGCACCUCCUAUUUUGUUUUCGAGCGACCCAGGAUCCUUACCGAUGCCUAUCUACGACCGGAGCUUGACGUCGCGGACGUCGAGUCGCAGGACAAUAGCGUCGCUGCCGUCUCGGCGGGCCAGUAGUGCCCAAGGGUGCCGCGGAAUUUCCGCCUCCCGAGCAGGAUCCCGCCGCCCCAGCUUAACCUCAGUCCACAGUCUCAACUCUUUGAAGAGCUACAGCGCUAGAAGGUACGAGCGCGAACGGGAGCAGAAGGAGGAGAGGGAGAUGCAGAGGCGACUGGCAAGGAUGACUUCUUCUGCUAAUUCCAGCGGACGCGUCGCACCCACUCCGAGUCCUCACUCAACGGAUGACCUCCUACCCACGCUGGAAGAAGACAAACAGAAGGAGUCGUCUUGGAUUGCCAUCGUACCCCCGCUGGCAAUACAAGAGGAGUCUUCCUCGAGUUUCAACGAGGAGAUGCCUUCCACUUCCAAGCAGUACCCGUAACUCCCGGCUAUUCAAGAAUUCUAUCUCACGAUUGGUUUCGCAUAAUCAAUGAGCCCUUUUGUGUCACUCAAAUUGCGGAAUAGAAUUCUGAUACAGCGAAAGGUUACCAAUGUUCCAUUAUUCCAAGUAGGGUUAAUGUGAUGUUACAUCUAUGUUUAAUAUAAAACGUAUUAUUUACAACUCGAAUAAAAUAAUCCAUGAAAUUCUAAAACGAAAAUGUGUAAAAAUUUAAGAUUAUAUAAGUUCGUUCACAUUAAUAAUAAAAUUUAAUGUAAAAAAUGCGUAUUUCUGUUAAUUAUAGGACAUUCGAGAGCUGAAUUUCCAAUUUUGCAUUUUUAAAUUGUGUAGGCAACCAGUUUUACACACUAUCUGAAAAUAACAUUUUAUAUCAUCAUUUCUAUCGAACUGUCACACGAGUCGGUUUCUGAGGUUGAUACAGACUAGCACUAUGACCAUAAGAACAAUACAUCUAUAUACAAGACUAUAUUUUAUAAAAAUAUUCGCUAUAAUCGAUACUACGAUUGUACGGAUGUAGGCAACCAUCUUUACACUUCGUAAGGCGUUGUCACCAUGCAGACGUCAAAUUCCCUGCAUAUAUUUUCUGAGUGUUUAAUCAAUAAUCAUAUAUUAUAUAUUCUGAUUAAUGUUUAAUAAAAUCACAUAUAUAUCGUGUUAAAUAUACUAUAUUUUGUAACAAUGUUGUACUAACUGCGUUCACUUUCUGGAAACUAUCAAAGGCUGUACAGUUUUCAGCAAGUGGGCGCCAGAUAUUUAAAUUUUAUCAAAUUUUUAAAAGUUUAUAUUUAUACAGGGUCUACACGAAAAAACUUCUGUUGGUGAUAUUUUUGUAACGGCUAUCUAAAAAUAUGUGUGAUGUUUUUUUUGCUUAGCUCAGUCGUUACAGAACUAUUCCGUCUGAAGUUGCUGCUAGAGCACUCUGAUGUUUGUUCAAGCUUAAACUGAAUUAGCUUGCAAAAUAACAACCAGUUUUGUAAAUUCAGUACGUAUCUUGACAAAAUUUGUGGUUAUUUUGUAUGUGUGUUAUAGCUAACUCAAUCGGUGUGUUAGUAGUAGUGGAUAAUUCCGAUUAUACGCUUAAUGAAAAUCAAAAUUCGAAAUUUUAUGUGAUGUACAAUUAAUAUAUAUAUUUACCUGUUGUAUAGGCAACCUUCUUUACACUUGUACGAAGAGUUGCCUAUGUUAGGAGUUAACUUUAAAUAUCUUAUGAAUGUAUUCUAACACGUAAAAUAUAUGUAACCAAAAUCACUAUAUUUUGUGAAUUGAUGUUU